GACGGAGCUGAGCUGUUAAAAUUGCCAGACUCGUUCUGGUGCGCGUAAAAGACGCCUUUCUGUUUUUACGCACAGCAAAAAAGGGGAAACGUGCAAAGAUUAAUAUGGAAGUUUCGACAUCAAAUACUUUUUCUGAUUCGUUGACUUUAUUAUUUGUAGGAGAGCGGACUCUCCGCAGACUACAACUGUACACUUAGAAACGAGCGUGAAGCUUUCGGAAACUUUCCAACAUUCACUUUGCGUUUGGAAUCGUUAACUUAGUCGUGUAAUUAAUUGGGGUUAUUUAGUGACAAUUUCGCUUGUAAACAGUAAAAUGGAUCUUUUAUUUAGUACCACCAAUGCGCCAAAUUGGACCAGCAGCUCCAAUGACACCAAUAACGGGACCAUUUACUGGAACCAGUUUGUGCAGCCGGUCUGGAAAAUCGUCCUCUGGGCCAUUGUCUACAGCUGUAUAGUUAUCGUGUCCGUAGUAGGUAACAUCACAGUCAUCUGGAUUAUUAUGGCGCACAAACGCAUGAGGACUGUCACCAAUUAUUUUCUCCUGAACCUCGCGUUCGCCGAAGCGUCCAUGUCUGCAUUCAACACGGUGAUCAACUUCACCUACGCGGUGCACAACGAGUGGUACUUUGGACUCGACUACUGCCGCUUCCACAACUUCUUUCCGAUCGCGGCUGUGUUUGCCAGCAUCUAUUCAAUGACUGCCAUCGCUCUGGACAGGUACAUGGCCAUCAUCCACCCUCUGCAGCAGCGCAUGUCCUCCACAGAGACCAUGGUGGUGGUGGGUGUGAUCUGGGUUCUGGCUCUGCUCCUGGCUUUUCCUCAGUACUACUAUUCCAACACGGAUGAGGUCUAUGGCCGAGUGGUGUGUUACAUCGACUGGCCAGAAUACACUGUGUUUGACUUCAAAAAGAUGUACUACGUGUGUGUGGUCAUCCUCAUAUAUUCCUUUCCACUGCUGUUGAUGGGUUGUGCUUACCUGGUGGUGGGACUGACACUCUGGGCCGGUGAGAUCCCUGGGGACUCUUCUGACCGCUACAAGGAGCAGCUGACUGCCAAACGCAAGGUGGUGAAGAUGAUGAUUGUGGUGGUAUGUACUUUUGCCAUCUGCUGGCUGCCCUACCACGUCUACUUCCUGCUGCAGCAGUUCUUCCCCGAAAUGUUCGAGGAAACGUACAUCCAGCAGGUCUACCUUGCUAUCAUGUGGUUGGCCAUGAGCUCUACCAUGUACAACCCCAUCAUCUACUGCUGCUUAAAUGACAGGUUUCGAGCUGGGUUUAAACAAGCAUUCUACUGCUGCCCCUGCGUCCCUCAAGGCUCCUAUGAAGGCCUCGAACUCAAGUCCACUCGCUAUCUUCAGACCCAGACAAGUGUUUACAAAGCCAGCAGGAUGGAGACCACCGUGUCUACUAUUCUACAGGUUGGGAAUGAUGUAGAGCAGCCCAAGGUGAAAGUUAUAGGAGGCCCAGGGCCUAGCGGGGCUGUGGUUGAGGCCAGACCACACAGCUCCUCCCUGGACCUCACCUCAAAUGGCUCAUCAUCCUGGAGUGUCUCCAAAACAGUAUCAGAGAUGUCGAGUUUCUACUCCAGUAGCAACCUGGAGGAAUAGACUUCAAGUGCAGGCAGCAUUUUUCUGGACAGCAGGGAGAGAAUGUAAGUUGAGUGAUCACUUUGCUGCUUUUGCCUGUGUGUGUUUAUGAAAAGGACAGCGGGAAUAUGUGAGUUUGUCUGCCGGUAAAUGUGAGUUUUUAAUGAACACAUUUCCAGUGCGUUUGCCGGAAUGUCAUGCUGGGAAAUAUUGUCCCUGUUCACAGAACUGUAGUUUCACUUAGUUAUCCAAUUCAGAGGUAAUGGUCGGCUGGCAUUCGUAGGAUUUGCCAGGUGCCAGAAAGCAAUGGCGCGAGCUUCAACAAUAUGAGCACAUGCCAGUUUCAAAAAGCCAACUGAAGCCGACGGUAGCGCCUCCAUUCUUCACAGCUUGUGCAUGUCCCCCCAGUCAUCUCUCAGAGCAGAGAGAAGGUUCACACAUGCUCCAUCACGUAGGCUGCGUGACUUCUCACAGUCUAUUUUAGAGCGAAGCUGUCACACGAUGCCAACACACUGCUAUAAAAACAGCGACUUCUCCUUUUAACAGAGGGGUUUUCUCCAAAGAGACAAAGCUUGGGUUUUGAAAAAAGUGAAGGCAACCUGUUUUAAACAGGAGUUCUCUAACAGACACUGGAACACAGGCAGAUGUGGGAUUUUAGUUCAAAGGGUCUCCCACAAGGGGAGAUAAGAACUGUAAACAACAAAGGAAAAUCUACUCUGAACUUGCCAGCUCUGUCUCCCUGAGCAGGACUUCAUGAGCAGUCCAACAUGCAGAGCAAGCGCCUGUCUGAUUGAAGAAACACUCAAAAGAUCCUCUGCAGGUGUUGCUGAAAAGUUCUGGCAAUCAGCAUAAACACCAGCAGUGUAGGACUCCCCAGUCAUCAGGCUACUCAUUGACUUCAGCAGCUGGCAGCACCAUUUCUAGAAAACAGAGGCGCUUCAGAUGCUAAAGAGGCUGCUGUUUCAAGAGAAGGCAAACAUUUUAAAACCCCACAUGCCCGAUAUGAACCCUUAAAUGAUGUGAGCCCACCGUUAAAUCUACUCAACACAGUCCGGAAAAGAAAUAAUCGAGUGUUCUGCAGAGCUAUUUGUAGUCUGUUUAACAUGCUCCUCCUCCAUCAGACACAUAACGCUUAAUUGGUGAACUGAAAGCCAGGCGCCGCUUUCAGAGUAUAAAACUUUUUUGGAAAGUUUUUUUUAGCUGGCACCAACAUAAAAUGAUCUUUUCAAGCUAUCGUUCACCCUAAAAUCAGAUUUAUUGGGCUUUCAGUUCUGGGCGUUCCCUGGGAUAAUCCAGCAAACCACUUCAGUUUCACUUUGUCUGUUAUGGUCUUUUAUUUUCUUAUAUUUCUAUGUUAGCAUUAUCGUUUUCUCCCUACACUGUUUUGGGCUGAAUCUGGUACAUUAUGUGGGUAGGCUCCAUUGUUAAAAUGGCCGAAGUGAACUUUAACUUCCUUUGCAUGAGGUGUCACUGGAAGCUUCUUUCAAAUACUGUUUAAGCUGUCAGUCCAAAAUGUAAUCCAGCUACAACAGGACACAAGUUAGUAUCAGGUUUAAAGUUCUUUGCAGACUUUUUGUCCUUGGAUGUGCAGCUUGUUACCUGUGGCUCUUUAAUGUGCAGUGAUGCACCUUGCUGCUUUUCAUAAUGUCUGAAACAAAACAAAAAAACAACCAAAAACACGCACACACACACACACACACACACACACACACUACACAAAAACCAAAAAGACAUAAAAACAAAAUUUUCCUUUUGGAUCAGGUGAUCCUGAAAACCCACAUUAGUCACACUGCAAUAGGUCUCGGCUGCUGAGGGAUUCCCAUGAUGCAUUGAGUGUUUCUUCUUCAAUCACCUUCUCCACUCACUAUGUGUUUAUACACCUUUCUGCAUUUAAUUAUUCCUGUUAAAAGGGAGUUUUUCCUUCCCACCGGUGGCUGUGUUGCCAAAUAGUGGGAAGUUGUUGGGGUUUUCUUCAUUUUUUUUAAUAUUAUUGUAGGGUCAUUACCUUAUAAUAAAAAGCGCCUUGAGGGAACUGUUGUUGUGAUGUGUCGCUAUAUAAAUAAAAUUGAAAUCAAAAGCCCACAAGGACAAACUGUCAUUACCUCCUACAGCAGUAAACACUCAAAUGUCUACAUAUAACUGCUGUAAUAACAAAAUGCAGUGAGGUGCAAAGCUAUGGUGACACUGUUCUCACAGUAGAAAAACUGUAAAUACUUUUAACAACUGUAAUGAAAUUUUAAGAUGUUUUCUUGCUGCUAUAGCUGUGAAAGA